AGAUGAAGGAGAAACCGACAUCCAAACACGCGCUCACUUCCCAUCCAUCUCCUCUAUAAAAUAAUCCUCCAAAGCAGACUCUCCUUACAGACAACUCGACGAACCCUCAAUCUUGGUCUCGCUCACUGUAUUACAGCAACCGUUUUCCUAAAGAGGAGGUUAAUUUUGACUGGCAUUUUGAAUAGCAGGCACAAUGGUUGUUCAGAAGACUGGUGUCCUCGAGAUUUAUUACUGUCCCUGCAAGGGCUGCAACAUAAUUUUGGUUGAACUGGGAAAAUUUCUUGAAGUGCAGCAAAUAGACAGAGAUGAAGAAAAACACAAGGCAUCCAUUUUAGUUACUGGAGAUCCGUACAAAGUCACUAAGGCGCUUAGAAAGUGUGGCAAAAGGUUUGAGUACUUUGAGCCAGCCAUGAACAACCAAGAAAUGCAAAUUGUAUUACCACCAAACCCAGUUCCAGGAAUUCUUGACCCACAUAUGGAAGCUCCGAAUUCUGGUGUCCUUGAGAUGAACUACUGUCCCUGCAUAGGAUGCGAUGAAAUUUUGGUGGAAUUGGAAAAAUUUCAUGGAGUGCAACGAAUAGAUAGAGACGCUGAAUCACACAAGGUGUCGUUUUUUAUUACUGGAGAUCCAUAUAGAGUCACUAAGGUGCUUAAAAACCAUGACAAAAAGUUUGAGUACUUUGAGAAAAGCCCUCCCAUGAACAACCAGGAAAUGCGACUUGUGAUACCACCAAAACCAUUUCAAGUGGUAGCACAGCCACCAGGUUAUGGAUUUACUGGGAUCCCCCUUGAAGAUCUUGAAAUUGAUGAAACGAUUGUGAAGAAGACUAGAGUUUGCUGCCCAAAGUGCAACCAUGAGCUUGAGCUGAAAGGGUAUAACAAACGGUUUGCAUGCGAUGGAUGCAAGGAGGACGGGUUUGGACCAAGAUACAGAUGUAAGGACUGUGACUAUAGCCUACACGAGGAGUGCGCGUCUCCUAAACCUACCAUUUCGCCUGACUUUCUCCAAGAAUCUGCCUUUGAAUUCUGUCAUCAACCAUGCUCAACAUGUGCAAGGCCCUGCUAUGCAUGUGGGAAGGCUAUACGUGGCUAUUCCUAUCGUUGCAAAUCAAAAGAGCUAGAUUUACACCCAUAUUGUAGCAACCUCAAACGCAAUUUAUAUGGCAUGGAUUUUGUUCAUCAUGACAAGGAGAUCUCAUCAUCAUCGAAGUGCGUGUGCUGUGAGAAGAAAAUGCGUUGGGGUACAAAAACAAAAAAUUCGGGUAGUUGUUCUUAUAUUUCUACAUGUAAGAAGUAUCAUUUUCAUGUGUAUUGCAUAACUGAAAUGCUGCACGAAGCUUGGAAGGAAGGUGUUAUCAAUGUCAGUACCGAUGAGAUGUCUAUGCCACCAGAAAAAAUGGAUUUGCAGCUUAGAAAGCCUAAUAACUCAAAUAGAAGUGGUGGGAGAUUUGGUGAGAUUUUGAAGACGUUAAGCACAUUCCUUGGGACAAUAAUUGGUAUUCUUUUGGGGGAUCCAACUGGUGCUUUCGUGCCUGUGCUUAUUGAAUUUUUCUUGAACACGCUCCCAAAGUUACUCUCAAAGUAGAACGAAUAUGGUUCUGGUUUGUAUUGCUUGCUGGGUAAAGGUGUGUAGGGGUUGAAUAGUUAUAGUUGUUCCAAUUUUUGAUUUCAUCUCUUGUAUUGAAUUUUAGAGUUGUUGUACAGUCUGUUUUUGUUUCCUUUCUUGGGAAAGGUCAUGCUCCUAGGAUAGUUUUUUACUUGGGAGAAGAUUCUUGUAUCCCCUUCUUUUGAAGCAUUGUUUUAUUAAUUUUUUGAGUGUAAAAAAAGAAGAAGCUUGUGCUUGCUAUUGUUUCCUUA